CACGCACAAGUUAAGUCCCCCAAACCUGCAGAUCAGCGAUCCUACCAUCCUUGGCGUGCGCAGACUAGUCCCAACUCCCAACUCGUGAUCAUACUACGAGCUGCAAGUAGUAUUGCCAUGGCUGCGCCGGCCACCUUCGUCGUGGUGGUCGCCUUGGUGGCGGCUGCUCUCUGCGGCGGCGUCUGCCGGGCGCAGGACAUGGACAACGAGUGGGCACGGUACCGCGGGUUCUUCGGCGGCGGCGGCACGCUGCUGCCACAAUCGGACGUGGACCUGCUGGAGUUCCCGCUGAACCUCGAGUACCUGGAGGCGGAGUUCUUCUGCUGGUCGGCGCUGGGCUACGGCCUCGAUGGCAUCGACGUCAACCUCACCGGCGGCGGCCCGCCUCCUAUCGGUGGCCAGACCGCCGCCCUCACCCCCUUCGUCCGAGACGUCGCCACACAGUUCUGCUACCAAGAAGUUGGCCACCUCAGGGCGAUCAAGCAGAACGUGAGGGGAUUCCCGCGGCCGCAGCUGGACAUCAGCGCGACCAACAUCGGCAAGAUCGUGGAGCAGGCGAUGAACACGACGCUGGACCCGCCCUUCAACCCCUACGAGAACAGCCUCAACUUCCUCAUCGCCUCCUACAUCAUCCCGUACGUCGGUCUUACCGGCUACGUUGGCGCCAACCCCAAGCUCCUCACUCCUCAGGCCAGAAGGCUGGUGGCGGGACUGCUGGGCGUGGAAUCGGCACAGGACGCGGUGAUCCGGGCCCUGUUGUACGAGCGCGGACUGUCGCGGGUGGCGAGCUAUGGUGUUGGUGUGGCGGAGGUGACCGCGCACAUCUCCGACCUGCGGAACGAGCUGGGGAGGAGGGGAGUGAAGGACGAGGGGCUAGUGGUGGUGCCGGGUGAGGGGCCCGAGGGGCAGACCGUGGGGAACAUCAUCGCCGGCGACCGCUACUCGCUCGCUUACGAUCGCACGCCCGAGGAGAUCCUCGGCAUCGUGUACGGCACCGGAAGCCCCGCCCAGGCCGGCGGGUUCUUUCCCCAGGGCGCUGACGGCCGCAUAGCCAGGGGGCUCCUCAUGUAGACGAUCAAUCGACGGACAUAUAUACAACUGGAGUGUUGUUCUCGAUCGCAAGUUGUAGACUAUAUGCAUCAUACAUGUGUGUCUUGUCCUUAUGGAUGCUAAUAAUCAAUAAAAGGACCUAUGCAAUAGGCAAAAUGUUUUCCCA